GAGAAAAUAUUAUGAAGUACAUUUUAACAUAUAGCAAGAUGAAAAUAGUUUAAUACGCUUAACCUCUAAAUAUGUGAAACAACUUUUAAUUAUAUUGCGCAUUCUUAUUUAGUACAAUUUAUGAAAAAGCUUAGACACAAAAUUUGGGUGUAAUAAUUAAGUGGUGAAUUCAUGAAGAUUUUGUUGUAAAUUGUAAUAAGUAAACAUGACGGCGGCAAUAAAAACAUUGUGGAAACAAGCAUUAAAUACAUUUGAGGAACGAAGCAAUGCUGGGUUUAAACUUUGUCAACAAAAUUUUGACAAACUACGAUAUUUAAUGAAUAAAAUUACAGCUGAAGAUGUAAAUUUGAAUCAGCAGGUUCUUGAUUUUAUUCAAGUACAACAUGCACCAAUGUGGGUUAUUGACAUAUUUGAAAAUAAGGACUUUGCUAUUUCAAUUUUUAUAUUGAAACAUGGAUUUACAAUGCCAAUACAUGAUCACCCUGGAAUGUAUGGCUUUUUAAAGGUAAUUUCUGGGGAAGUUCAAGUGAAUAAUUAUACUUUGAAAACAAAUGAAGAUUAUACAAGUAAAGUGAAUAAGGAAGUAAUGGCAUUUAGACAUAAACCAAUAUCUUUACACAGUAAUUCUCCUGCUUGUACUCUUACACCACGGGACAGAAACUUACAUGAAAUUACCUGUAUUGAAGGGCCAGCUGCAUUUUUAGAUAUUCUCAGUCCACCUUAUGAUGUAGAUGAUUCAGGAAAAGGACCAAGACCAUGUACAUUUUUCAAAACUGUUGGUAGUUCUAAGUCGUGUACAGAUUUAUCAGAUAUAAUUGAAGAAGUUAAGUUAUUGGUUAUUGAAGGUCCACCAGAUUUCUAUUCUGGAAGCCUUAAAUACACAGGACCACCCUUAAUGUGACCUGAAUUAUUAAAAUAUAUUUAUAUUCUGUGUUUUAUUUGUUAAAUAAUUUUACAUUUUAUUGUAUUAAUUUGCACU